UUGUUACAUUUAGUUAUCACAGAUGACCCAACUGAAUUCAAAUGCAGAAGUUCCGGAACCAACAGAUACAGCCAUGGAAAACUUGUCCGCUGUGUCAUUAAUCAGCUCGACCUACGAAAUCAUCACCAGCCUCGCUAUUAUGUUUUCGAAGCUCUGAUUGGUCCCAAGGAGCGGUCGCGCAUCUGGGAUCAGCCUCAGUUUUGGGAAGAUGCGUUUCUUGACGCUGUGGCCCGUGAAAGAGACCUAUUGGGUCUCGACCAUGACCCGACGGGCAUGCUUGAACGCUACUUGGAACUGUCGAUGCCUGAGAAGAAGCUGCUGGACCUGAAGGAGGACCGUGUUCUGGCCUCCCUGCUGCACAAUCUCAUUGCAUUCAUGGUGCUUCUGCGAACAGCGAAACAGGACAUUUACAACGUGGGCUACAGGCUGCUCGGUCGCUGUCGCCUGGGCGCACACUUCUCUGCCUCAAUCUCCAGUUUGUUGGACUGCGUUGCUCAACUGGUCAGAUAUAUUUCCUUCUGCUUCUAG